GAGCAAGCGUGUCAUCCAGCGUGUCAUCGAACUCGUAAAUACUGUAUGUAUCGGACUUCGCAUAUUCAACAGUCGACCAGCGAGAUCACUCCCAACAACCUGCCCAACAACCUUGCCCACAAAGUCAUCUCUCUAAAGAGUGGCCACCACCCUACCAACGCCUCACCACAGCCUCCGCUUUCGCUCCAGGGCUAGCCUUACCGACGCGCAAUAACACUCAAUGUCAAUGUCAAGUCCAACCGCCCACCACCACCCGGCAUCCGUUUCCUCAUCCUCCCCUCACCGCCCCUCAACCUCCUCCACCUCCGAACGAACAACACGACCACCCCCAUCAUCAACAACAGCCCGCACACAAACAGCAGCCCACGAAACUCUUGACAUCCUCCACGCCAUCUCGCAGAUCCUCCACACCGGACUCGACAGGGAAACCCUCGCGCUGUGCGUGUCACUGUGUGAGAGCGGCGUUAACCCGGAGGCGCUUGCGGCGGUGGUCAGGGAGCUGAGGGCCGAGGCGGGGAGUGGCGGGGGUGGGGAGGGGUUGGCGGGAAGGUAGAUGGAUUUGGGGCCCGCGUUGGAUGGGAGGGGAUUUGGAGGUUUGGGGAGGGACCGUGCUUGCGCUUCACUGGUAUACGGAGAGCGAGUUGGGAGUGGGCUUGAUGCGAUUGCUACGUAUGAGAGCGGGUGCGGUGACCUCUGUCGGGAAUUCUGGGGUACCCAGCGAA